AUGUCAGGGCGAAGUUCUCUGUACUUCCUGCAGCUGGUGACGUGCUGGGCCGGCAUCGUGCACGAUGACUUAGACAAGCCGCACAAGUGGGUGCCAGCGGAGCAGUGCACCUUCGUCAAUCCACCAGUGAUGCCCUACUACUGGGACGAGUCCUGCGUCAAUGGCGAGUCCCUGGGCUGCUGGGCAGACGGGGUCCACGGGCAGUGCCGGUUCUGUGGUGAGGCACCCUACUUGGGCCUCCACUGUCCGGAUGAUGCCAUUGUGCCCUAUCGCUACACCUGCCACUUCGACAACCCGCCGGUCACCCCGUACUACUGGGACCCGGAUUGCAAGAAGGGAGACUUGGGGUGCCUUGCGGAUAACAAGAAUGUGCACUGCCGUUUCUGCGGUGAUGGGGACUAUGCGAGCAUUCCGUGCCCCAGCUCCUCAUGCACCUUCGACAAUGAGCCGAUUACGCCCUACUACUGGGAGUCCAAAUGCACCAUGGGAAUGUUGGGGUGCAAUGCGGAUGGCAUCCACGUGCAGUGCCGGUUCUGCGACUACCAGCCGUUUAACCCCAUUCAUUGCCCAGAGAGCGCUCGACCAGCAUACCCUGACGGUGCAUGCUGGUUUCCCAAUGGAACCCCUCAGAGCCACAAGUGGGACAAGAGCUGCAAGUGGGGCAAGAAGGGAUGCUGGGCCGACGGCGUGAACGCGCAGUGCCGCUUUUGCGGCCCGGGCUCUGGAGGCAUCUACAACGACAUCUCCUGCGAUGAUGCAGAGGAUGCCAUCAUGCCUUGA